CCGGGUCAUCUCACUUCUGGUGGGAGAAAGUAAAGCAGGGGAGAGAGAAAGAGAGGGAGCGGUCUGGUGCCUCUGCUCUUCACGUACAGUCUGACCCGAUGGGGCUUCAAGGUUAAAGAGAGACCCUAUAUUUAUCAGCCCCGACCCUCUGCUAUAGGCGUCCCGUUCCGUGCAUAAGAGCGACCACAGCAGAUUCCCUGGGAACGUGUCCACGCUCGAGACGUCUCCAGAGGCGCGCUUUGCCCAGUCGGUUCUUUUGUUGGUUCUUUCGGACCCGCGUUUCUCUCUGUGAGGAUACCCUCCUCCUCCUCCGUGCCUCCUCGUCUCCCCCGCCGUCGGCCGCUCAUCUCCCGCGGCGCUAUGGAUAUUCCUGCCGCCUGCCCCCUCCGGACGAAGCGGAGGUCGUGGCGCGCGGAGCUGCCCAGCCUCGCGCUUCUCACCGUGGCGCUCGCGCUGUUCCAGGCGCCGGUGGCCCGGGCAGAACCGGUGGACGUGCUGCGUGCGCUGCAGGUCCCCUCUCUCCCCGAGGGCGUGCGAAAGGUCCCGGGUUUCUGCGCCUCGCGUCGCCUUGGUAACCCAGACCACGCCUACCGCAUCUCCAAGAAGGCCCAGAUCUCCGCCCCCACCAAGCAGCUCUUCUCAGGCCGCUUCCCGGAGAACUUCUCCAUCAUGGCGCUGGUGAAGGCGCAGGCGGGCCUGCAGGCCUUCCUGCUGUCGGUGUACAGCGAGCAGGGCGUGCAGCAGCUGGGCGUGGAGCUGGGACGCUCGCCCGUCUUCCUGUACGAGGACCAGAGCGGCCGGCCGGCGCCCGAGGACUACCCGCUGUUCAAGGGGGUCAACCUGGCCGACGGGAAGUGGCACCGCGUGGCCAUCUCCGUCUCCAAGAAGAACGUGACGCUGCUGCUGGACUGUAAGAAGAAGAUGACGCGGCCGCUGGCGCGCGGGAACCACGCCGAGAUCGACACCAACGGCAUCACCGUGUUCGGAGCCCGCCUCUUGGACGAGGAGGUGUUCCAGGGGGACAUCCAGCAGCUGCUGAUCGCGUCCAACGCCCAGGCCGCGUACGACUUCUGCGAGCACUACAGCCCGGACUGUGACUCCCCGCUGCCCAAGACCCAGAGCCAGGACCCCAACACAUACAAGAAGGCAGCCAACGGGAAGCCGGUCCCCACUAAGGCCGCCCCGGUCAAAGCCAAACCUGCUGCGGUCAAGGCGGCCAAAGCCAACGCCGCUAAGGUGGUGGUCAAGCCUCUGAUGCCGACCAAGGCUGCGAAACCCGCAGUGGUCAAGCCGUCCAAAGCCAAGCCCACCGCCGUGGAGGUGCUCCUCGCAAAGAUCAGACCCACCGCGGCCGCAGCCAAGAAGUCCACCGCCGAGAAGAAGUUGAAGGCCGAGGGGAAGGCUAAAGCUAACGCUAACGGCAAGGCGGUCGUCACCAAAGCCACAAGCAGCACCAAGGUGUCCAACGGGAACGGCAAGGUGACGGUGGAGAAGAAGGUGGUGAAAACCGUGGUGGAGAAGAAGGUCAACGGGCUAGCCAAGGCUAACGGUAAAGCUGCCGCGGUGAAGACCAAGGCCACCGCCGCCGCCGCCGCCAACAAGAAGGCUAACGGCGCCGCGAAACCCGCCAAAACCGAGACCCCCACGAAGACCAAGGUCACUAAAGUCCAGAAGGCCGUGGUCAGCGCAACCAAGUCCGCCGCGACCAAGGCCCCGACCCCCAAACCGACCAACGCCCCCAAAGCCCAGACCCCCAAGGCCACCAAGGCAGCGGCCCCCAAGACCAGCCACGUCACCAAGGUGACCACCAUCGUCACCAAGGUCCCCGUGGUCAAGACCACCAUGAAGAGCUUCCUGCAGAGCAGCGCCACGAAGAGGACCGCCACCUCGCUGCCCGUGCUGCCGACCACGUCCAACGCCGUCCGCUCCAAACCCACCGUCGACCUGGACAACGUCAAGUCCCUCCACAAGCCCUUCCCGCCCUUCGGGAAGACGGCCCUGAGCGGCACCGGGCUCCCGGCGAAGAGGCCCACCAGCGGUUACCAACAGGAUGUUGAUACUGAGUAUUCCGACGCUGGCCCCGCCCCCAGUGAGACGGAGUAUUUGUAUGAGGAGGUCGCGGUGCAGCCGGAGGGUGAGCUGACCGGAGAAGAAGUGAGCGCCGUGCAGGUGGAGCAGAGCGUGGCGGGGGAGGAGGAGCUCCACGGCACCAAGGCGGGCGGCGAGGAGGUGCUGGAGCAGGAGCUGUUCACAGAGGAGUAUGUGACGGGCGAGGCGGGCCCCAGGGAGUACGACUACUCCUACAGGGACUACGGCGAGGCGCUGCCCGAGAGCCACGGCGGCGGCGCCGACCUGGGCGGCAUGGGCCCCGCCCUGUCCGCCGCCACGGACCAGGGAGGCGCCGCUGUUCGAGCCCAGAAAGGAGAAAAAGGAGAACAUGCUGUUCUAGAGCCUGGUAUGCUGAUCGAGGGACCUCCCGGAUCAGAGGGUCCUGCUGGUCUUCCCGGUCCCUCCGGCUCCUCCGGGCCUCCCGGCUCCGUAGGAGAUCCUGGCGAGAGGGGUCUGACAGGGAGGGCGGGUCUCUCUGGAGCUGAUGGUCUCCCUGGACCUCCUGGUACCUCCGUCAUGCUGCCCUUCCGCUUCGGCCAGAGUGGAGGAUCUAAGGGACCCUCGGUGUCAGCUCAGGAAGCUCAGGCCGCAGCCAUCUUGUCUCAGGCCAGGAUGGCGCUGAAGGGACCGUCCGGAGCCAUGGGCUUCACCGGCCGACCCGGACCCAUGGGGAACCCUGGGAGUUAUGGGUUCAAGGGCGAGGGCGGAGACCCCGGAGCACAGGGCCCGAGGGGUCCUCAGGGGCUAUUGGGACCUCCCGGCAAAUCAGGAAGAAGGGGUCGUGCUGGAGCCGAUGGCGCCAGAGGCAUGCCAGGAGAGUCAGGGUCCAAGGGCGACCGUGGGUUCGACGGGCUGCCCGGUCUCCCUGGCGAUAAGGGCCACAGGGGCGACACGGGACCCAUGGGCCCACUGGGCUCUCAGGGAGAGGACGGAGAGAGGGGCGACGACGGAGAGCUGGGACAGCGAGGACUCUCAGGUGAACCCGGACCUCGUGGAUUGCUGGGACCUAAGGGCCCUCCUGGGAUUGGUGGACCUCCGGGCGUCCGCGGUAACGACGGCCCCCACGGACCCAAGGGAAACCUGGGACCACAAGGAGAGCCAGGUCCUCCAGGCCAGCAGGGAACCUCAGGGACUCAGGGCAUGCCAGGACCUCAAGGAGCCAUUGGACCACCAGGGGAGAAGGGCCCCACAGGCAAGCCGGGGCUCCCAGGGAUGCCCGGAGCCGACGGCCCCCCGGGUCACCCAGGAAAGGAGGGCCCCUCUGGAACCAAGGGGAACCAGGGCCCCAGCGGCCCCCAGGGGACGAUAGGGUACCCAGGGCCCCGAGGACUCAAGGGAACUCAAGGCAUUCGCGGUCUGAAGGGACACAAAGGAGAGAAGGGGGAGGAUGGUUUCCCAGGAGUUAAGGGAGAUUUUGGAGUCAAAGGAGAGAGGGGCGAGCUGGGCGUCCCAGGCCCCAGGGGGGAGGACGGUCCCGAGGGGCCCAAGGGCCGCGUGGGGCCCCCGGGUGAACUGGGACCCAUCGGUCUGGUCGGAGAGAAGGGAAAACUUGGCGUUCCCGGCCUUCCUGGUUAUCCUGGAAGACAAGGGCCGAAGGGUUCUCUUGGAUUCCCUGGGUUCCCCGGGUCAAACGGAGAGAAGGGAGCCAGGGGUCUGGGCGGCAAAGCUGGACCACGAGGACAGAGAGGACCAACGGGACCCAGAGGACAGAGAGGGCCAAGGGGGGGUACCGGUAAAUCCGGAGCCAAGGGAACCUCAGGAAGUGACGGACCCCACGGACCACUAGGAGAGAGGGGUCUGCCCGGCGCCCAGGGAGCCAACGGAUUCCCCGGACCCAAAGGACCUCCCGGCCCUCCAGGGAAAGACGGACUGCCCGGUCACCCAGGACAGAGAGGAGAAGUGGGUUUCCAAGGUAAAGUGGGACCACCAGGACCCCCUGGAGUUGUCGGACCUCAGGGCCCGUCAGGAGAGACCGGUCCAUUGGGAGAGCGGGGCCACCCAGGGCCCCCGGGACCCCCUGGGGAGCAGGGUCUGUCAGGACCUUCAGGGAAAGAGGGCACCAAGGGAGACCCCGGUCCAGCAGGAGGCCCUGGCAAGGACGGACCCGCAGGCCUGAGGGGCUUCCCUGGGGAGCGAGGCCUGCCCGGCACCCCCGGAGGCGGUGGUUUGAAGGGAAGCGAAGGACCUGCUGGACCCCCUGGACCCGCGGGGUCCCCCGGAGAGAGAGGAGGCGCCGGCACCGCUGGCCCCAUCGGACCCCCCGGCCGACCAGGCCCCCAGGGGCCCCCCGGAAACGCUGGGGAGAAAGGAGGACCUGGUGAGAAGGGUCCUCUUGGGCCAGCAGGACGAGAUGGAGUCCAGGGGCCCGUUGGUCUGCCCGGAGCCGCAGGAACCCCUGGGGUGCCCGGAGAGGACGGAGACAAGGGUGAAGUUGGAGAGCACGGCCAGAAGGGGGCGAAGGGAGGCAAGGGCGAGCACGGCCCUCCCGGACCACCAGGACCUUUGGGCCCCCUGGGCCAGCCUGGAUCCGCUGGAGCCGAUGGAGAGCUGGGACUCAGGGGGCAGCAGGGGCCGUUCGGCUCCAAGGGAGACGAAGGCUCCAGAGGGUUCCCCGGGGCCCCCGGACCCAUCGGACUACAGGGCCUUCCAGGACCCUCCGGAGAGAAGGGUGAGACCGGCGAUGUUGGACCCAUGGGCCCCCCCGGACCCCCUGGCCCACGCGGCCCUGCUGGUUCCAGCGGCGCUGAUGGUCCCCAAGGACCCCCCGGUGGGAUAGGUAACCCUGGACCCCUGGGAGAGAAGGGAGAGGCGGGUGAGGGCGGACCCCCGGGUAUUGGAGGAGAGCCAGGGAAGAAGGGUCCCCGUGGAGAGCGAGGGGAGAAGGGAGAGUCGGGGCAACCGGGACUAUCCGGUCCAUCCGGAGGACGAGGAAGACCAGGAGACGACGGACCUAAAGGAAACCCGGGUCCCGUUGGUUUCCCUGGCGAUCCCGGACCCCCCGGAGAGCUCGGACCCAGAGGUCAGGACGGAGCCAAGGGAGACCGAGGAGAGGACGGAGAGCAAGGAGAAGCUGGUUCCCCGGGACCCACCGGAGAGAACGGACCCCCUGGACCUCUUGGGAAGAGGGGCCCUGCCGGAACCAAAGGACCCGAAGGAAGACAGGGGGAGAAGGGAACCAAGGGAGACUCCGGCGCUGUCGGCGCCCCAGGAAAGACGGGCCCCGUGGGGCCCCAGGGACAGCUAGGGAAGCCCGGAACCGAGGGUCUCAGAGGCCUGCCCGGAUCCGUGGGGGAGCAGGGGUCUCCUGGCCUGGCCGGACAGAAGGGACCUCCAGGACCUCUGGGUCCUCCUGGUCUGCCUGGGCUGAGAGGAGAUCCAGGCUCCAAGGGAGUGAAGGGUCACCCGGGUCUGAUCGGUCUGAUCGGACCCCCCGGGGAGCAGGGCGAGAAGGGAGACCGGGGCAUGAUCGGCUCCCACGGCACCGGGGGACCCAAGGGAGAGACCGGUCUGUCUGGAGCCACCGGACCACUAGGACCCUCUGGACCCCCCGGUCUGCCUGGUCCUCAAGGAAUCAAGGGAGCGAAGGGAUCUAGUGGUGGAUCAGGACCCAAGGGAGAGAAGGGUAUACCUGGCGCUGCUGGAGCCCCUGGCCCCCCCGGCGACGUCAUCCAGCCACUGCCCAUCCAGCGCAGCCCCAAGUCCAAGCGCUCCAUCGACGCCAGCAAGAUGAUGUGGGAGUCGGAGGCGGAGCAGGCGGACGCCCCCGGGGCGGCGGCGGCGGCGGGCGGCGAGGGCCUGGAGGAGAUCUUCGGCUCGCUCAACUCGCUGCGGCAGGAGAUCGAGACCAUGCGCUUCCCGCUGGGAACCCGGGACAGCCCCGCCCGCACCUGCCAGGACCUGCUGCUCAGCCAGCCAGGGCUCCCCGACGGAGAGUACUGGAUCGACCCCAACCAGGGCUGCUCGCGGGACUCCUUCAAGGUGUUCUGUAACUUCACCAGCGGAUCGGCCGAGACCUGCCUGUACCCCAGCCGGGCCAGCAACACUGUGAAGAUGGACACCUGGGAGACGGAGACCCCCGGGUCCUGGUACAGCAGCUUCGCCGCAGGAAGCAAGUUCUCCUACGUGGACGCCAGCGGGGAGCCGGUGGGCGUGGUCCAGCUGGGCUUCCUGAGGCUGCUGAGCGUCCAGGCGCGUCAGAACCUCACCUACCACUGCCAGCGCUCGGUGGCCUGGGCCGACCGCAGCGCCAAGGAUGGCCACCAGAGGGCGCUGCAGCUGCAGGCCGCCAACGACGAGGAGCUUAGCUACCAGACCUACCCCUACAUCAAGGCCCUGGUGGACGGCUGCUCUUACCGUAAGGGCCUGGACCGGACGGUGCUGGAGGUGAACACGCCACAGGUGGAGCACCUUCCUCUGAUGGACGUCAAGGUGACAGACUUUGGGGAGAGCAACCAGCAGUUUGGUCUGGAAGUCGGACCUGUUUGCUUCCAGGGCUAAACACACACACACACAAGCACACACACACACACACAAUGACCAAGAACCACACACACACGCAUGCACUUAGAGAUACAUGUCGACAUGGUAACAGCUGCCCUACUAAUUUGUAAAUUAUCUUGUAAAUGAUAUGAAACACACACACACACACUCACACACACACACACACACACAUCAUAGAGCACCUAAACACACUUCUAUAGACACACACUCAGACACGCUCAUAAACACACACUCUUUUUGGGAGACAACCAAUCACUCGCCUUGGGGGAAAAAGACCCCUCCCAACUUCAAAAUGGACGCCAACCCAUGGGGACCUCGGGAAGUGUCACGAAGAGGACCGCAUCCAACGGCCAAUAGGAAGACAGAAGAGGACGGUUACUUCAGGAUGAAACGUGUUCUUCUGACAUCACAGAAUAAGCCCCUGCCCCUUGUGGGAGGAGCAGGCGACUCGGUUUAGCCCCGCCCCCUUCUCCGCCCACUCUCCAAGCUGUCAGUCACUCCUCUCCUCCGCGCUGGACUCCUCCGUGAGAGAAGAUCGUUUCUCCACGCUAACAACAUCUUGUUCGCUCUACUAUUGCUUUCGAUAUUUUAUUUACUAUUUAAAAAAAAUACACUGCCUGCUUAAUCCAGAACAAAUAUACCCCUUCUAUCUUGCCGGUGUGUUGCAUUGUGGUUAAUGUAGUCCAAGUGGAGGCAACAGGAAGGUGACCUUUAGGAGAAUCCAAAUGCCCCCCGCCCCCCCAAGAGAGCAGCGUUAAGAACAGGACCAGCAGACCCCAGACCAGCUGUAGACCCCCCCCCCAGGGAGACGAAGGCAGUCCAGUCCAGUUGUACAGAGAUAGUAUUCUAUUGUAUUUAUUUAAAUAAGCCCAGCAGGGUGCUUUGGGAUCCAACUGAACCAGAACAUCAGGGGCUGCUUGGGGUCAUGACCCUAGUCCCCCGCCCCAUAUCGUAUUCACUGGUCUGAAGGUUCUGUCAGCUGGGGCUGCUUAGGUCCCACCUGGUCCCAUGACCUCGGGGUUCCAUCAGGGGGGAGGAGGGGGGAGGUAGAGGGGGGAGGUAUAGGGGUCCGUAUGGCAGGGAGGAGUGGGUGGUACCCUUCCCCAAGAGUCCGGAGAACCGCCCAGAACCGGAUCCAUUAUGUUUAUUAUUUUUGUUGGAGAAACAAUGUUUUGACAACAAUCAUGGUGCUGGAAAAAAGAAAAAGUAUUAUUUUAUAAUGUGUGUAAGUAAUUUUUUUAAAUUCUUGUUUCUGUAAUAUAUAACCUUUUUAAAAAGA